AAGGUAAAGCCACAGACGCGGCCGAGGUUAGUCAUGGCGCAGGGGAUGGCGGCAGAGGGGAGUCAGAGCCAGCUUUAGACGCCGACACGCGGGACCUUCGAUCCCCUGACCAUAGCAAGGCAGGUGUCAAAGAUAAAGCCAUCAAAGCGCCAUCCGCUGGAGACGACGCAGGCAAGACAAAUGGGAACGCUGGUGCCUUUUUUAUUGUGAGAUGGGUCAGAUGACUGUACGGACAAUACUUUCUUCGAAAAGGUUUUUCGUCUCCAUUUGACUUAUUCUACUUCAGUCUGACCUACUUGCCAACACAGUAUGAAUACAAAACGCCGCCCUUGCUCCGUCACAUCCUCUUGACAGACAUCCUCGCAACAUCUCUCCAGGUGGUAAAAGAGCCGCCCACAGCGGGGCGAGCACACGAUCAGAAGCUGAGGUCGCUAGCCAUACCGCAGAAGGAUCCAAAAGUGGGGCGCCUGCAGGUGGCAAGGGAUAUCCCAAGAGUGAACAGAAGGGAGAGAAAGCCCUGAAGGCAGUGAAAGAAAGUGGGUCGCUGGGUAUUUCCACUUCCAUCCUUUUCCCAAUGAUGAUGCGCCUUUUACUCUGUGAGUGUUGGACUUGUAAGUCUAUUAAUCAUCAAAAUGAAGAUUCUCACUUGUCAAUCUACAACAACAGGCAGCACGGAUCGCGUGCUGCUAUCGCAGGAUACUAGGGGAAGCGGAGCCUCUACUGUCCGACUUGACGAGGCUGCUGACCUAGAGGUAAACGCUGGCAACCAUGUUGCCGACGAGGUUACCGCAAGCCAUGUCGAGACGGGCUCGGACAGUGAGGACCCAAGAUGGCACGGGAUUUUAUGGCCUCGAUUUCGUGAGUUUGAAGCUGAAGAAUACUCACAGAAAGUAUGAGACUUUUGGACUUCUUCCGAAGUUAGUUUUUGGUCUUGGGAGUCUUGUUCCUGUUGGUGCUCGGUAGUAUGUAAAUACUAUUUACAUGACUGCGCAACCAACUUCGUUUCAGGCACGAAAAAGCCAGAGACUCGUUUUGUUUGUGCCAAGGCGAUUUUCUUAUCCUUAUAUAUCCCGUGUAGUGUAGGAGCCGUUGCUCCACUUCUAACACUCGCGACAACCACAGUCACAACAACGACGCUAGGGGGCCAAAUGCUGCGAAAAGUAGAGCCUGGCACUUCGUCCAGAGAGAGCGAUAGCGGGGUGCCCGCAGCUGGCAAGGCAUAUCCCAAGAGUGAACAAAAG